AACAAUUUUUUUCUUCUUCUGUAAAUUGUGUUGUAGAACCGAAGGGCGCUCAUGAUGUCACAAAUAUUUCCUGAGACUUUUCAAGAAUUUGAAAAUAGAAAGAUAAUUCGAAAUGAGCAAAAUAAUAAUAAUAAUAAUCUGUAGGCCUACAGACUUGCACUGAUGAAUGAUUAUCUGAAUGCGGUGAUUUUUAAUCAUUAUUAUCAGUAAACAUCGAGAAAUAUGUGCUGCUGGUGUUAAUGGUGAAUUGAGCACAUAUAUUACUAUUCAGUGUGUGUAGAUUUGGCACAGAGGAUAAACGCGCUGUUUGGAGGAGAAUGACGGCAGACACCGUUUAAAUGCAGAAGGUCUCCUUUGUGAUUUAGGAGGCUUUGUAACCUGAAUUAGUUGAUGAAUUUUCUAUCGAUCUUAAACAAGCCCAGAUUCAUCUCUGACACGCUGCUCACGCCACGACCAUUCUCUCGGCUUAUUAGCGAGUGCAUUUAAGAGCUUGGCCAAAGGAGAGCUUCUUGCAUCACUUUCCCCUGGUACCGCUUUUCAGGAACACUGGCCAAAAUUAAGCAGGAUUUCUGUUUCUCCAAAUCUGAAACGGCUCUUUGAAGAGGUGUAGUAAUGUUCUCAAUGUGCAGAUGAACUGAGAGGGACUGGGGGCGUGACUUUCUGUGGGGCUGCUAGAAUCCAGCAUGCCUUUUCGCCGUGUCUGCUUUCGCUUGUUAUUGUUUUGAUUUACUCACUAUCUCAUCAAGCGCAUAGGAACGCCUGAGAAAGUAUGGAAUUUUGGACUGUUCCGAAAUGAGUCGAUGAGCGCGGUCUAAACUGACUAAUCCCAUUUCCUUAUCCGGGAAUCGCGAAGAUCCACGCCAUUGGCUGGCGAUGUCACAUGGACCCUUAACUUUGUUCACUUGACAGAAAGUAGGAGGGUUCUACCAAACAGGAAAACGAGUAAAGGGAUACAUAUAAAUUUUAGUAUAUUUUGUGUGCAAUUCAAAGAAAUUAAUGGCCAUGAGUUCCUAUUUGAUCAACUCUAACUAUGUGGACCCCAAGUUUCCACCAUGCGAGGAAUAUUCCCAGAGCGACUACCUACCCAGUCAUUCUCCGGACUACUACAGCGCCCAGAGGCAAGACCCCUCGUUCCAGCAUGAGUCGAUCUACCACCAGCGGUCGGGCUGCGCCGACCCACCCUACUCAUCGUGCCAGGGUACGGGGCAGCCUGCCGCGGUCAUCUCUCCGCGAGUUCACGUUCUACCCACAACCGCACUCUCGACCCCUCUCCCUGAACCAAGCCAUCACUGCGACUCGGUAACUCCGAGCCCUCCGCCUGCCUGCGGUCAGACUCCCACUAGCCAAAACACUUCAACGGUCACUUCAAGAAAAGAUCCCGUGGUAUACCCCUGGAUGAAGAAAGUCCACGUAAACAUCGUGAGCCCAAACUACUCAGGGGGUGAACCCAAGCGCUCACGCACAGCCUACACGCGGCAGCAAGUCUUGGAAUUAGAGAAAGAGUUCCAUUACAACCGCUAUCUGACUCGCAGACGGAGGGUGGAGAUUGCCCAUACACUAUGCCUAUCCGAACGACAGAUUAAGAUUUGGUUUCAAAACCGGCGCAUGAAGUGGAAGAAGGACCAUAAGCUUCCCAACACCAAAAUACGCAGCAGCUCUGCCAACAGCAAUUCAAGCAGCGGCCCGACACUGGGAAGCAAUCAGAACCGAGCAAGCGGACCUCCGCCAAGUCUAUAGCCCUCCACUGUUGCCCAAAACACGUACAAUUAUAAAAUCUAAUUUUCUGGAGUGUAGAACGUGGAUUUUACCCGCGUUGUGUCUCCCAACUCUCCCCUGCACUCUAAUUACAGGGAUACAAUAGGAGGAAGAUGUGGGGGAAAGGAGCAAAGAAAUUGUUCAUCUUUUAUCAACACUAAAAAUGGGUGAAGACUCGAACUCAAACGCUACUUUAGAUGGGUUGCCUUCCCAGUCUGGUUCCCAUUUUUAUCCCCCCACGCCUCUCCUGCUCACUCGCCCCUUCCAUAAGCACAGAAGGCGGCAGAUAGUUUUCAGACUUGGUGAAGAUGGAUCCGUGUUUCAUCUUUAAUCACGCCAAACUCGGCCCCAUUUGUCAUGUUUACUCUGUGGUACAAAGGAUGAACCGUAGGCCUGCCCAUUACCUCGACGUCUAGCGUUGUGCUUAAUAAAUGAGUCGCUCUGCUUUGUCAAGAAGCCUUUUCUAACUCCCUUUAUUCCCCUGGCUUAAAAUAACUAGCCGAGUGUUUUUCAACUGAUAUGAAGUUUUGUAUUUUGUAGCAAUUAGGUUAUUUUGCAUUUGCUAUUUGCAUUUCGAAUGCUAUGCCAAUGGGACAGGGUUUAUUGUGCGUGUGGUCCAUUUGUCGCUCAUUUAAAAUACAGGGACUGGUUUGCCUCGCCUGUUUAGCGCAUUUCAGUUUAAGAACAGCAAAUUACUUAUUAGUUGUUAUUCAUAUUAAAUAUAAUAUAAAAGUUCCAUGAAGCUGGACGGCUAGAUAUGCAUAACCAAAACCGGUACAACGCAAAGCAUUUUAAUGAGAGCACUGCUAAGUACUAUUUGAAUUACCUCAAUUGUAUUUUUGUUUUUUAUUCUUUGGUCUUGUUUUAUGAAGUGAUAAGUUUAAGUUCUUUGGACUUAAUGGCAAAUAUCUGCAAUAGCUAAUAUCAGCAUUUGUAAGUUGAAAAGAAAUUUAAGUUAAAUGUGGCCAGGGUGUAUAGAGAAAGGUGCGUAUAUUGCAUGAGUAAAUACACUAUAUUUUCGUUUAUUCUUUAUUAUGUCACUACAAACCUUGUUUUGCUUUAUGGUACAUAGACGUGCACAUACAACAUUUCUUUAUUCUUUCUUUCUUUCUUUCUUUCUUUCUUUCUUUCUCUCUGAAUUGUAUUCAUUUUAUAUUAUUAUUAUUAUAUAAUUUUUACAUUCCAAAGAUCAGUUUUCUCACUGAUGAAUUGUAAAUUUCUCCUCUUACAUGUUUGUAUUUGGUCUUCUUUCUGCUUGUACCUUUCACUGUUUACCUUUGUUACAUGUAAAUAGCUCUAGAAAUUUAAUAAAUGGCGGAAAAGUAUAAUCUUUC